GUUGCUACAGGCAUGGCGGAUUGUAUACAAAUGGAGUCCUAACGUAUUACCAUACUCACUACCCGAAAACCAUCAAACAUUAGUAACAUCUGAACAACAGAAGUAGUAAGAUGGAGGAGCAGACGUAUGGUGAGAUGUACGGGGGAGAAGAGUACGUGGGAGUGAUGGCAGGGGACGACUUCGACGAUAAUGGUAUAAUAGACUGUGACGACGGUGACGAUGACGAUGGUAUGCUGGACCUGGGAUCAGAGGAAGAGGAAUCGGUAAUCGAAGAGCCAACUGUGUCUGUGCCGGAGGUGGACACCAUAUCUAAACAGGAACAGUUACGUAUGAUCCACCUGAGGAGUCACCUCAACCAGCUCACGGAAACCGUGAAGCACCACCGAUAUCUUACAGAGAAAACCAGGGAGGAGCAGAAACAGUGUCGUAAUAAAAUUGAGACACUUGAGGCGGAGAGAGACCAGGUCUUCAAUGAGAUACAGGGUGCCGAGUCUGACAACAACACCUCGGCCCUGUAUCGCCUGAGGUCUCAACAUGAGAGGAUAUGUACUGAGAUAGAAAAUGAACAGAAGCUGGAGACCCUGAUAUCAGAGCGUCUGGAGAAAGAGGAGUAUGAGCUAGCUAAGGUUGACGUGGAAAGAGGCAAGUUUUUGCUCCGUGAGGAUGAACUCAUUAAACGUGAACAACAGCUGGCCACAGAGAAGACUGAUAUGGCGCUGGCUCGUCUUCGCAAGGAAGAAAUGAAAGCUAGGAAAGGGGAGGAGAUUCUCCGCAAGCGGGAAAGGAACUACGUGGAAGCAGUAACGGCGCAGCAAAAACAACAGCAGCAUUGUCUGGAAAACGCCCAGAAAAGUCAUGAAAAACACAGAAAAUACCUGAAUGAUACUGUGGCUAAACAUAAAGUGCGUCAAGAGGAAGAGAACAUUCGUUAUAAGGAAAACAUGCAGAAAAAAAUGGACAUGUUGCUGAAAUUGAAAGGAGACAUAACAGCAAACAGGGAGAACCUGAAGGCCCUCCACGCCAGAGACAAAGCCCUGGAGAAAGAGGACAAACAGAAGGAGGAGUUGGAGAGACGACGGAUCCUGUCCGAAGGGGGAAACCCGGACGAGGUCCUGCUCAUCCGUAAACGCCUCCAGGACUUUGACCGAGCUAAAACAGAUUUUCAUGUAGAACAGAAAUCCAAGCAGUCUGCUAUCAUGGAUAAGAUCUUAGUGGAGGAAGAUCGUAUGAGGAAGAGAAAGAAACAGCUUCCCAAUCUAUGGGUCGACCCAAAGAAGGAGAAGGAAAAGGUUGUGGGUCCCGUGAAGAAGAAGCCACUGAGGGUGUUUAAGGAGAUGGAUGGAACCUCGCUGUUUGAUGAGACAGAAGUGGCGGGUGUGAGAUUUGACAUGGCUGACAUCGAGAAGAUGGCGGAGGACGCUGCUGACCAGGAGGUGGACGCUCUGACUAAGGACUCGGAGAUCGAGAAGCCGACCCCACUUCCAGAUUCUAGUGACUCCAGUGAUGCUGAGAGUGAUGAGGAACAAAAGUUUGAUUUAGCUGAACCAGAGUUUGAGGGUCUUUGGGAUCAACACAAGCCUUACAAGGUUCCUAAGGACUCUGAGUCAACACUCAAGUUACCAGGGGCAACCAAGAUGGACAGGGAGAUAAUGACCAAAGUGCUAGACAAACACCGGUCUGGUAUCAUCCUAAAGCAGGUGGCUGCAGGACGCGAGUUCCAGGGCUGUCCCUUCUAUAGCAAGCCAGAUGACAUCCACUUUAAGGACUUUGUUGUCGGACACACAUACAAGAAGAAGGUCACUCUGACUAACGUGUCAUAUACUGUCAACUACUGUAGAUACAUCAACAUCACAGAGCGCCUCAAGGACUUCAUAGAGAUUGUGUUUGACCCUCCAGGCCAGAUGUCCGCUGGUCUCACAUGUGAGAUGCUGGUUACCUUCAAACCUAUGAUAAAUGAGGAUCUCGUGGGUGAGGUGAACUUCCUCUCACAGACCGGCCCCUUCUCCAUCCCACUACACUGUAGCACCAAGAAAUGUGAUUUGUCAGUGGACACCAGCGUGAUCGAGUUUGGGACCACGGUCAUUGGCGAGACUUUAAAGCGUACAUUCACACUGACAAACAAAGGUGCCCUAGGGACAAAGUUUGAGUUCUUCAAGGUCACAGGGUCAAAGCAGAGGUCAGAGAGUGCAGCAGAAACAUCUCUGGGAAGGCUGACGACAGCUGACACUACCCAGGCUAAUAGUCCGGACUCUGCCUCUGUGAUGGUCAAGAAAGAUACCAAGGAACAGCCACCUGCCAAAAAGCCCUUAGAUGAUCUGGACAAAGCCAGCCAAGAUGUGGGAGGUGGAUCAGAGGAAGGACACCAGGUGGAGGGCCUGAGUGCUGUAGAGGGGGAACAGCCUGCUGAGGGCGAGGAGAAUGUGAUUGCUGAGUCCCCGGAGCUGGUGGUCAGUGUAAUGGAAGACUAUGGGGCCCUAGAUGGAAUGAAGAUUGGUCAGUUGGCUGUAGGAGAACUCGAGCCAUUCUCCUCCGUCAAACUGGAGAUCAUCUGGCAGCCAACAAUACCAGGAAGGGUCGACUCCGAGUUCCUCAUCAGCUUCUCAGAUCCUCUCUCAGAAAGUAUCUCAGUGCAGGCUCUAGCCAAUGCUAUUGAUGUACCUGUGUGGGUGGAGAGGCAGACCAUUGACCUACGUAUCUGUAUGUAUGACCGCCUCUACCAGGACACCGUCAUCGUCAACAACAGAGCAACAACAGCUUUACGUUUAAAGUUUGAAGUUUGUAAGGAGUUGAGGAAUCAUCUGGAACUACUCCCUAAAACAGGCUACAUACAGGCACAGUCUCAGUUCUCAGCUCAGCUUAAGUUCCUGCCCAGAAAAAGUCUGUUUGAAGAGGCUGGCAAGUACUUUGACAAAGAGACAGGUGUACUGGAAGCUCCAAUGACCAUAAGAGUAGCAGAUCAGACUGCCCCUGUACCUUUCACUGUACAAGCUGUGGUGACGACCUCUGACAUGGAGUUUGACACGACCAGUAUUGAUUUUGGAUGCUGUACCAUUUAUGAGUCGGUGAAGACAACCAUUAAACUCACAAACAAAUCAAUCCUUCCCCAGGAGUAUGGAUUUGUGGGACUCCCCGACUAUUUGGAGGUACAGCCAGAUGAUGGGUUUGGAACACUGCUGCCUUUGGAGACCAUAGACCUGGAGGUCAUAUUUAGUCCAAAGAAAGCGCGGGAUUAUAAAUUUGAGUUGAAUUGCAAGUCACUGAUUAACAGGGAGUUUAAGAUUCAGUGUAAGGGUGUUGGGGUACACCCUCCCUUAGAGCUCAGCCACCAGGUCGUGCACUUCGCUGCUACAGCUCUCUAUGACGUAUCUUCAGCUUCAAUGCAUGUGAUCAACUCACACAUCAGUACAAACGAGUUUACUCAUCCCGUGCCCAGAAUUGGGAAAGGUGAUAUUGCCCCUGUGGGCCCCACAUCAUUUGAAUUUGUAGUCCCUGAAGGAGCCCCACUCACUAUUUCACCCUCUGUUGGAACCAUUGAGCCAGGAAAGAAAUGCCGUGUUCAAGUCCGCUUCACGCCGACACUGCCUGAGAAUAGCAUUAAGAAGGAAGCCGUACGAAUGGGCACCAAGAUGUUGGAGUUGAAGGCUGAGCGAGAUUAUCAGGAACAAAUGAGGAAGGAGAAGGAAGAACAGGAACAGGCCCAGGCUGGUUCUAAGAAUGCCAAGCCCGGGGCCAAGGAUAAAGGUGGAGCUAAGGGAGCAGCCAAGGGCAAGGCGUCACCUGUCGCUCCUACCCUGACGGUCGCAGGACCUCGCCCGGUCACUCCACCAACACUAGAGUCAAUCACUCGGGCGUCUCCUUCCUACACAGCCGCUCAGGGUUCACUGUUGAGACAAUUCCGCGGAAAUUUCCGGUCGUACACUAUACCCUGCUAUGUAGCCUCUGGAGAGUGCUCCAACCCGGGAGAGCUUCCUUACAGUGUUCACAACACACUGUACCUAGAAGUUCAUUGCCCGACUGUGAAACCCACCCUGGUGGUAAUAUCUGACAACGGCAACACAUGUCUGGACUUCGGGGAGGUGUCCCUCGGCCAGAACAUCACCAAAACUAUCACCAUACAGAACAUCUCCAACAAACACGUGGAGCUGCGUUCAUCCAUUCUGGAUACAUCAGGGCCGUUCCUCAUGUUAAACGCUCUAAGGUUGUUGCCACCAGAAGGCACACACACCCUGCUGAUGUCAUUCACGCCGACGGCUGGCCGGGUGUUCCAAGAGGUGUUUGACAUCUAUACUGGAUUGUCUGUGCUGCAUGUGACGCUGGCUGGUAAGGGAGUUAACCCUAUUGUAGACCUGAGUAUGCCUAUGGAGGACGGAGUAUUUAAUAUGGGGGCAGUUCUUGUGUCUGAGUAUGUGGAAAAAACAUUUAAGAUGCAGAACUCCUCAUCGCUGUCCAUAGACUAUUGUAUGAAGCUGGAGAGUCUUUCACUUCUACGCCAUACCAAGGGACAGGAGCUGCCGGAAUUUGUCAAACGUGACAAGAAAUCGAAAUCACAAGUUGGAACUCAGAACAACAGCGGUCAAAACGUAUUUGAUCUGGUGCCAUCGGAGGGAACUUUACCACCAGGGGGCACUACAGAGGUCACUGUGACCUUUGCCCCUGACCAUGCUAGUGACCACUACUCGGAUGGCAUUAAGAUUGAACUCUUUGGAAAAGAAGAGUCCCACAGUUUUAAGAUUGUUGGAAUGGCCAAACCCAGGAUCAUGUUUGUCCAAGGUGCAGACAAUAGGUUCCCGAAUGUUGAAUCCCUAGCCGAUGUGCUUUCAGAGGGAACGGAUGAAGAAGAGGGUCGCCUAGGUUUGGAACCAGUGCUGCUCACACUACAGAGCAUUGCCAAGGAGAACGAGUUUGUGCCAGGGUCCCGCGACUUACAGAUUGGCUGUGUUCGGACAAUGGCGGUCAGUCAAAAAAAGGAUGGCAGAAAGGAUGUACGAGGAUCCAAGAACGGAGAAUUCCAAUUUGAUAACGUGCAACCCAUUGUCGCCAAAGGUUUUGGUAUAGAACCACAGAAGGGUAUGGUGGAAGCUGGUAUAUUGAAACCCGUCACCAUCACAUGGACACCGCCUCCUGGACAUGAUCCCAACCAGAUUGUUGAGGGAACUGUGACUUUAUCUUUGAAGGGAGAUGUUACGGAACAACUGAAAAUUAUGCUUCGGGCAAUGGUUGUUUCCGACUAAAGACUUCCUCGACAACUUGAUUUCACUGUUUAUUUAUACGUUAUACCUGUCUGUGAUAACUUGAAUUAUUUGAACUUUGUUUCCGUUAUUGUUAUGUUGGCACUUUAAAACUUCGAAAAAUAAUCUCACUUUCAUCAAAAGUGAUUGUUCUACACCACCGCAUUAAAUGAUUUGUUCGGAAAAACUUUUCCAAGAAGGUGAUGACUACAAGAUAAUUGCAUUGAGUGUCCCCUACCAGGGGCAGUAACACUGGGUGUCCCCUACCAGGGGCAGUAACACAGGGUGUUUUCAGAAUACAUCUUUUGUUUGUUGAAACGUGAUACGUCUGUCUUAGCAGCGUAAGUUAUUUGAAAUCCUUGCACAACAAUCAGUUUUAUAACUUAUUACUGAUACGUGGUAUGUU